AUGCCCAUUCUAAAGAAGCUUCCAGGUAGGUCAAAGAGCUGCCACGAGUUCCCCAGGGUGAACGGUGAGCUCAUUCUACCGAGGCUCGAUUUGGACCUCAAGGACUUGAAUGACCUUAACGAUCUUAAGGACUUGCACGACCUGAAGGAUCUAAGCAAGAACCUCAACCCUUUCGAGAAUGUUGACCUAGAUGAAGAUGAGAGGAAUGACGGUGACACGGGGCUCAUCAUGGGGGAGGUCAGGGGUAAUAUCCAGCUCAAAUCGUCUCGCGAUGGAGAAGAGGAGGAAAAUGAGUUGAACGCAGAGAGACACGGGGUGGGAAACCCGAAAGGGAAGCCUCUGAGGGGCACCCUAGAGCGGAUUUGUGGCGUGUCGCCAUUGAAGACCCUUGGGAAAUUAGGCAAGGGCCUCCGCAAAUCUGGACGCAACGUGUGGGGGCACAACUCUCCUCACUAUUGCCCCAGGGACUCAAAUACGCUACCAACAGAGAGGGAAAGAAGGAAAGGACUACGCAGAAGCUCAGAAGGAAUUAUGACUCUCUUCCGUAUUAACGGCCGUCGUAAGGAGGACCGCAGAGAAAGCCUGCCCUGUGGAGACCUCAGAGCAGACAGCGAGGCGGAGGCUUUUAGGCGGCCGUCCUUCCUCAGGAUGGUCAGCCUUGGCAAACUGAAGAGGGAGUCCAUGUCCGACAAGGCCUCACAGGAGACGGAGGAGGAAACAGAGGAGGAUGAGCCAGUGGUCAAAACCAGAGAGCCCCUCUCAGUACUGGAGAUUCUACAAUUAGUCAACAAUCGAGACCUGCUUCUUGCCGACACACACAUCCAGGAACUGGAGCGAGAGUGUGAGCUGUUGUCUCUCCUGCCAACUCCAGCUACCAUGGACGACUCGCUCAGCUCGAACGCAACUCUGGAUUCAGGCCGCCGGAAAGAGAAGGACGUAGAGCUCCUCUACGAGGCUUUGAUGAGGGAGAUGUGGGACGUUGUACGCGAGUCACUCCGUCAGCCCAGCGCCGGUCCCAAUCUUGGCCUUGUGGUUCUAGUAAUUCAACAGGAAGAGCAUGCGGAUGUGACCUGGGCUCUCAGGGAGGAGAGUAAGCAAGAGCAAGAUCUGGACGCGGCUCCUCACAGCCAACAAAGCCACCGCCCUCGGCGUAUGAAGAUGAAGUGGAGGGAAGCAGUGGCAGAGGCCGCUGACUGGAGUCUACCACAACAGGUAGACACUCAGGCAGGCCAGCUAUCGUCAUACCUGGAGCGCCUAAGAAGUCGGAUGGUGGAUGACCUUGAUGCAGCAAAGAGGAACGCUGUUUCCAUUUACCCUGAGGAGUUUUCUGCAUUCCAAGUGUAUGUGGAAAGUUAUCAUCAAGCUGUGGCAAAACGGCUGAGAAAUCUGACGCGGGGCCCAUUGCAGAUUACCGACGUCUACUCAUUGUUGGACUGGUUCUACAAUAUCUACAACCGUGAUGUUCUGGGAACCAUUGGCACAGCAACACCCAUCAACUAUGCCUCGCUGGAGCCUAUUUUGCCUCAAGAUACAGUGGACCAGUUGGAAAAGGAGUGUCUAAGUAUUGUCAAAGAGAAAGUGACAAAAGAGUUAAUUCAGGUUCUGGAUGACGAAGAAAGGCGAUGGGCCCAAACUCUACACAUAGAGGACUAUCAGUCCCAACUCGCACGUUCUGUUAUUCAGAGGCUGAAAGUAGACCUGGACAAAUCUACAUCUGUAAAUCAAUUCUUAGGUGCAAGAGUGGCUCGCUUUAGUCUCAUCGGUUUGGCUGACUUUCUUUAUAGUUUCCAGAGAAAAGUGGAGAUGUUUCAUGAGACCCAAGCAGAGUUUGGGGAUCGAGGAGAUGGAUAUGUUUCCAGGACCAUAGCUCUUGUCAACUGCUGCCCUCCUCUGAGAUCCUUUGUGGAGCGCUGCAGGCAGUGUGACCCACAGGCCAGUGAGGACUCAGCAAAGAGAGCCAACUCCUCCUUGGACAGGAUCAUCAACCUGUCUGUUAGGGUGCUGACUGAAAGACUUUUUGAGCACAUUAGGCCGUUUUUUGACAAAAUGAUCAAGAGAAAAUGGCUGAAUAACACAGAGACAUUUGAGGGCAUUGAAGUCAGCAUCAAACAGCACUUCAAAAAGUUCAGAAGGAUGGAUCCACCACCUUAUCAAACUUUGGUGGGUGAGGUGCAUCGUCGGGUCAUAGUGGAGUAUGUCCGAGCUAUCAUGCGGGCACGCCUCGUUUGCACUUCCUCCAAGUUGAGAAAAAGGAUGGCUUUCCGCUUGCAAGAUGAGGCUAAACAGCUUAAAGGACUCUUUAAGGAUCUGGAAUCAAGUUCAUCUUGGUUGGACAGUCUCAUCUUCCAUCUAGCUGAUAUCAUUCUCCUUGAAGACACACCCUCCAUCCAGAUGGAGGUUGCUGUCCUGGUGAAAGAGUUUCCAGAUAUCCGGCAGAAACACAUCUCCACCCUAUUGAACAUACGAGGCAUGAUGCGUCAGACGGAACGUCAAGAGAUCCUCAACAUAGUUAAAGACUUUCAAUGCAGCUCUGCUGUAAUCUGCCGGGAUCACGUCGUCUUUUCUGAUAUUCCCAUGACCUCGGAGGUGCACUGCAUAAGCCUGGGAUUCCAGCGUCUUGCCAUGGCCGUCACCAACUGGUUCUCUGAGCACCGACCGAGGCAAGCCCGUAGGAAAAGCCAUGCAAAUGGCGAUGAUGGCGUGGCGCCUCCUUUGGCCUUUUGUCCUAAUGGGAGUGUUGAGCUGCUUGGCUCUGGAAAUCCACCUGGAGGAGUCACAGUACUACGCCGCCGAGGCUCCGAUGUCACAAUGGUUUGCCAGUACAAUGACACUCUGGACAGCUCGGGGUACAUCAUAUGGCUUUCCACCCCCAUUGAUGUCUCCCCACGGCCCAUCAUUUGGUCCAGUGACAACUGGUUGCACUCCGAUCUUUACGAACCGAUGAAGGGCAGGGUUCGUUUCACCGCACGCGAUCCCCAAAAUGGAGAUGCUUCUAUCACCAUUAGCAACAAGUUACCUAAAAUGGAGAAGAUGAUAACCAUGACCCUGAGGGUCAUGGAGCCGCCAAGUCAACCGAUAUGCAACUUGCAAGGGGAAUUCGCUCAAGGCAAUAACGUGACACUCACAUGCUUGUCUUUCCAUGGUGAAUUCCCACUGACGUACACCUGGGUCAAGAUCAACGGAAACCAGGUCCUCCCUGCCAAUGCCGUGGUGGACUCCGUCAGAGGCACCUUGCGCAUGGACAGUAUCAUCGAGCAGGACUGUGGAAGCUAUCGCUGCACAGCGGAGAGCUUGGUCGGAAGCAAAAGCUGUGAGCUCGUCCUCCCCUGUCCGGACGUGCCAGAAGCCCACGUGUCCUCCACACUGAUGAUGACCAUCUCCAUCUAG